AUGGAGUCGACAGCAACACCAGCUGCAGACAGUAAGCAGUUCCCUGGCAAUGGACCUCUGAUCAGACCAGCAAGCGAUUCUGAAGAUGUUUUCCAACCAGCCAACGAGUCAUUCCCACCUGCGAAUACAGACAUCAUGGAUACUAGCGGCGAGGAAGCUAUCACCGAACCACAAAGAGAUUCUCAAGAAAAGUUACAGCUAGCCAAUAAGUCCUCCCCGGUUAGCUCCAGCAUCUCGGUUGAUUCGCGGACUUCGACUCUCGAAUACAGCCAAGAGCCGUUCGAUCAGUAUCAAGUCCGUGUCAAAGAGUUGUGCCAUGUACUCUGGCCUGCCGAGUCUCGAAUAGCAACUCCUGAAAGCCGUAUGGGCGGCGUCACAAAAACUCGUAUCCUCGAAGCCGUGCGGAUCAAGAAGUUGCGCCGCUUUCUCUUUUCCUCUUCCGAAACCGACAAGGAAUUCAUCAUUGAGCGCUUGGUUGGCGGUACUUAUAAUCGAAUCGUUGGGGUAAUAGUCAAAAACACUGGUACCAUUGAACCACAAAAUCUCGUUCUGAGGGUUCCCCGGCCACAGAUGGCGGAAUUAGGGUACAUUGAGCGUGAAGUUGCUAUUCUGCGCUACGUCCGCCAGAAUACUACCCUUCCGGUAGCUGAUGUCAUCAGCUUUGAUGCGACGGCCAACAACCCUCUCGAGAGUGGAUACGUUGUACAAAGCCGGCUGCCUGGAGUUUCAUUACAUACAAUUUGGGAUGAGCUCACUCAUGAGCAACGCUGUAAAGUUGCGCAAGAAGUCGGCAAAACCAUACUUGCGUUACAAGCUGUAAAGAGCUCUUCGCCUGGUAUUGUUGAGGCCUCUGUAGCGGACGACGGAACCCACACGUUUCUUGUCCGCCAAUUCGACAUUAAGUCUGCAUACGACGAUGACUGGAAGUCAAAGAUCCCCCUUCACGUCUCCAAUGAAGAAAUGGAAACCACAACUCAGACCCCGCUCGAUUGGUUCGGAACCCAGUUUGGGCGUUGGUUGGCCCACGAGCUGCUCGAUAAUCCUGCACAGAUCCUCUACUGGGAUUAUCAACUUCAGUUCGUGCAGGCGGCCAAAGAAAUGGCAGACAUUGGUUUCCUUGGCGACGGCCAGAACUGUCUGUGUCAUUUUGAUUUUGCAGCCCGCAAUGUCAUGGUGCAAAUUUUGCCAAAUGGCUCACCGACAAUUUCAGGCAUUGUUGACUGGGACAGCGCCGUCUUCGCUCCAACAUUCGUCUCCUGCGCUCCGCCAUCUUGGCUUUGGACGGACCAAAUAAAAUACGAUACAGAUGGAAACGAGGUGGAAAGUGAGCCAACCACGGCAGAACAGGAGGAGAUUAAAGAGAAGUUUGAAGAAGUCGUGGGGUUCGAUUGGGAGUGGUUUGCGUAUCAGCCGGGGUUUCGACUGGCACGAGAGCUGUUCUACUUUGCUCAGCACGGUAAUCAAGAUGGCUCAGCCACUAUAAGAGCUCAGAACUUCUUGAAAGAAUGGGCAGCGCUGUACGAUUCGAAAAUGAAUCCCAAGGAUGAGGACAGGAACAGUAAGGGUUCUACCGGCGGUGAUGACACCGAAGAGGACGAAGCUAUGGAAGAAGCUCAGCCGAAUGCGGCUUCUGAAUGA